AUGUCUGCCUUUGACCUUCUCAAAAGCUUCUUUGUAUACUCUGAUCUCGAGAAACGCUUGCUAGAAGAUUAUGGCGAUCCUCCAUUGAUUGUUAAACAUUCACAGAUCCGCAAGAUCUCAGUCCCUCUCGAACAAACAUCUUCUACAUCAUCUACAACUACAACAACUACAACUACAACUACAAAUAACUCUCCAGUAAAACCAUCCACCCAACUAACACUCAACCUCCGAGUCGUUCAUAUCCGCCAUUAUCGUGGCCAUAAAUUACCACCAUUACCACUCGUUCUCUGCCUUCAUGGCCUCGGAGGCCAACUCAACCAGUUCCAUGACCUCAUCGACCACCUUACACACUUUGCCGAAGUAGUAGCUUUCGACUUACCAGGACACGGCCGCUCUCAGGCCCCCACAGAAUGGGCCGCUUACACACCUGAAUUUCUCACACGCACAGCACUCGCAGUACUUCAAGCUACUGCUGACGAGCCUGGCCGAGAAGUGGUAAUUCUCGCUCAUUCUAUGGGGUGCAUGCUUGCCACUGCUGUGGCACGCGCACUCGGAAUUAGAUGUCUGGGAAUCAUAGCCAUUUGUCCACCAGUCGAUAUAGAACCUGGAUUGGCAGCUCUUCAACCUAAGCUGGGGUAUAUGCCCACAUGGAUGUUCACAGUGUUCCGUAAUAUUGAUAAGCUGGGUGGACUGACAUCGCCAUCAGUAGAGCGCAUGAUCUCGCCACACACCAAGGGUACCAAGGAAUCGCAGACAGUACGCGAAAAACAGCUACGGUGGAAUCUUCAAGUCAAUGCAGUUGCAUGGAUGAAAACAGCAUACUACCUACGGGCAUCAACUAAAGAAGACUGGGCUAAAGUCGAGUGUCCUGUUCUAUUGAUUGGUGCAGAAGAUGAUGCAGUCACACCUCCAGGAAAUGUAAAAACCAUUGCUUCAUGGCUUGGUCCAAAGGCCCGUAGCACAAUGUUACACCCAGCAGUGGCCCCCAAGGAAGCGAUUGAGGCACUUCCAAUGAAUGCCGGUAAAGCAGCUCAAGAAACAGACGAGCCCAUUUCAUCAAGCUCUUCAGACGCAUCUUCAUCUUCUCCAGUUGUGACUCCUAAGGACGAUAAUGAAGAAGAACCUAUUGAACCUACAAUUCUACACGAUGCCGGACACAUGUGUCUUGUGGAGAAACCUGAAGUUGUUAGUGGAUUGAUUUCGGAUUUUAUAGCCAAAUAUGUGGACGUGAAACUUUCGCUCGGAUGGCAGCUGGCGUUUCUUGCGUCUAAGAAAGACAAGUGGAGUUUAAAAAAUGAAAACAAGUGGCGGCAAGUGGAAGCAGUGAGCGACUUGAUUGAAGGAACACAUUUCCGAGCCAUGAAGACUCUACGGCAGGAUGAUGCAGAACAUUCACCUUCUCGUGUGGAAGCUUUGUACCCUGACAUUACUGACAUUAUUGACAUUUCACGCGAAACGCCACCUUAUGACCCAUCAACAUUCACACAUAUUGUAUACCAUAAAUUCCCCACGGUCUCGAAACUUCCACCAUCGCGCGAUGAAGUAUCAAGAUACAUUGCACUGGUUGAUAAUAUUUUGCAGCGUAACCCUGAUGCAGUUAUUGGCACACAUUGUCAUUACGGGUUUAAUAGAACAGGAUUUUUCCUGUGUUGCUAUAUGAUUGAACGGCUAGGGUUUACAAUUAAAAAGGCGCUACUGGCGUUCCGCAAUGCACGUAACCCUGGAAUUAAGCAUUCACAUUUUAUUGAUGAGUUGUAUGUGCGAUAUGAACUGUGA